AUGAAUUUUAGUAAUAUUGCAUUAAUACAUAGCUAAUAAUUCUGACUAUUAAAAUAAAUAAGUAUUAGAUGAAUAUUGGGAAUAUGAAUAAAAAAAAAAUAAAAACAAUAUAGAUAUUUAUUUAGUGAAAUGUAAAUCUAUAACUAAUUUAGCAAAUACUUUAAAACAAUAAGGAAAAUUUGAAGAAUUAAAUAAUUGUUGGUGUUAAGGGGUUAAAUUAAACAAAAAUAAUAUUGAAUUUUAUUAAUAAUAUUGUAUCAUUUAUUCAUUAUUUUAUAGGUAAAGCACUAGAGUUACAAGGAUUGUAUUAAGAAGUUUUAGAUUGCUGGGAUUAAGGAAUUAAAAAGAAUAAAGAUAUAAUCGAGUUCUAUGUUAUGAAAUGUGAUUAAUAAAUUAUAAAAAUUAGCUAUGACUUUAGAAUAUUUAGAUAGGAAGGGAAAGGUUGUUAAAUUUUGGGAAUAAGUUAUAAAGAAAAAUAAAAAUAAAUUUAUAUUCUAUUAUGAACAAGGUAAUUAUUCAAGAUUAGUUAUUUAUAAGCUCAAGCAUUAAAAAGAAUUGGGUUUUAUGAUAAAUUAAUAGAAUGUUGGAAUAUUGGUAUUUAUUAAAAUAGGACCUCUAUAGAGUUCUAUUAAGAAAAAUGUAUUAGAAUAUGUAUAUUAAGGUAAUGAGCUAAAAAAGUAAGGUUAAAUUGAAUCAGUCAUUAAUUGCUGGAAAAAAGGAAUUCAAUUCAAUAAAAACGAUAUAGAAUUUUAUCAUUAAAUAAGUAAUAAAACAUACAUUAAUUAGCUAACUUCUUAAAUUCAUAAGGGCGUCAUGUUGAAGCUAUUGAAAUAUGGAAUUUAGGAAUUAAUAAUAAUUCAUCCAACAAUUAAAUGUAUCUUUUAGAAAAAUUUAAUCGUACUUUUUAAUUUUUUGAUUAGCUUCAGUUUUAAUAAAAUUGCAUUUACUAAAAUAAGCAAUAAUAACUUGUCGAUUCAAUUGUUAAUUUGUUAAUUUUCAAAAAUAAGUUAGAGAUCAUUUUUGAAAUCCUUUAAAUAAAAUUUAAAUUUAUUUCCCAAAAUAUAAAUCUUAUGUUCUUGCAAGUGUUUAUAUAAUAAUAUUUAUUAUGA